UAAUAAAUAUAACCGCCUUCGGAAGUUCUAGUGGUCAGUGAAGCUUUGUGUGUCGAACUUAUACGCUCCUGCACUGCAACAUCUCUAUCAGUCUGAAGAAGUGCUCACAUGCAUUUUUUCAUUGUUUAGAUACCCAGAGGAAAACAUCCUAAUAAAUCGAGAACUUAUUCUGUGACUAAAAACUUUACUACAAAAUGGGACAAAAUGCAAGAAAAUUGGAUCUUGACUUAAUUUUGUCCCCCGACUCCGCAAGAGAAUUCCUGAAUGCCUCACUGAGUGAAGAACCCGACCCAUAUUCACAGACUGCCAGCAAACUUACUCUUAGUUUUCGCAAUUUCGAGCCAGAUGAAGCCAUACUCCUUCUUUUCAAAAUAGCGUCAGCGAGGAAAAUUUCCAUGAAAGAGUUUGUCCAAGAAAUAAAGGAAUUUAUUUCUUUAGGAAUUCGUGAGGAUUCUGACAUAAGGUGUGAUUCAGAAUACUCUCGUCUUGAGAGCCGAUACAGAGUGAUCUCUAAAAACCCUGAAGCAGACAUAUGUUUCCUCUUGUGUUCGCUGUUCCCACAUUUUGCCGUCCGACAACAACUAGAGUAUUGGACCAUCAACUUCUGCAAGCAGGGUCCGAGUACAAGUAAAGAGCCUAUCACAGUCGGCAAAUUCACCAUUCCCCAGUAUUUCUCCUUCCUCGCCUUCGGGGGGUUAAUACCAUCUGAGAAAGGGAUGAAAUUAACUGAAGGGACGAGAAAAAUUAUAAUCGUCAUACAUUUGUGGUGUUUAAAUUCUUUACUUGAAACCGGGGUUCCUAUGAGCCAUUUCUUGAUGCAAAAGCACAUUGAAUGUAGUCAGUUGGCAAACGAAGGAAGAUUGAGUGAGCUGAUUAAACUCGGAGUGCUCGCACAGAGUAAAAUUCCUUCAACUUUGACAAACGCGAUUUAUGAGUCGAUCAGUGAUGAAUUUCGUAAGAAAGUGAAUGUAGAACUCCGACUUCACUCCGCGGAAAAGUCAUGGAUUCACAAAUGAGAUUUAGGUUGAAUUGGUCUGAGAGCAUGAUUAUGUGUAUGAGUACGUUGACCGAAUAGAUGAGGAGAAAAGAGCAAAAAUUUGUAGGACCGGUCAACACCUACUGAAAAAAUUACCUAGACAACCGCCGAAGCUGGCUUUCUUCUUCUGAGGAUGAUUGAAUAUUUCAUUACUUGUUUUUUUUAUUGAUUUGACGAGUUCAUUAAAUCGAUUUUACAUUUUUAGGAUAUUUAUGAUUUAAUUCAUUGGAAUGCUAAAUUUGAAAAUUAUGAUUCAAUGUGCUGGGUAUGCCUUGACAAACAGGGGUAUGCCCUAGUCGUUUGUAUGGCAGCAGAAGAGAAGGAGAAUAUAGUUGUUUCGCAAGAGUCCCGUAGGUAUACAAUUCAUAAAAAGGCAGACGAAACUUGAGUGCUGCUCAGUAAUUACUCUUAUUGAAAGUUUCAGCUUGAAGUUGAAGCUUGUGAAAGUUUCAUACAUUUUUCCUUCAUGGUUUAUGUUAUUUUUUCACGAUGUCAAUUCAUCCUCCAUCGGAAAAGUAUGAAAAUAGUAUAUAAUAGCUACUAACAAUUAGUUUUUACAGUCAUUAGCUUUGUUCCGAAUCUCAAUGUGUGUCAGGCAUUUGUUUCUACCACAGCGAUGAUUAAAUAAGGAAAUACAUAAUUUGAAAUGA